UUACGGCUUUCUUCCUCUUUAACUUCCUCUCCAAUUAUUCUCUCUGAACCUUCUUUUUCCUUCUCAAAACAUAAUUUUUCUAUCUCAGCAAUCUCAUUAACCUCUUUAACCAUGUCUGCUGCUGAAUCGGCUGCUGCAAUUCAAAGAAACCUAGUUGAUCUCUUGGACUUUAUUGAUUGGUCUGGUGUUGAAUGCCUUAAUCAAAGCUCCAGUCACUCUCUGUCCAAUGCUCUCAAGCAGGGUUAUAGAGAAGAUGAAGGUUUGAACCUUGAGAGUGAUGCAGAUGAACAACUUCUGAUUUAUAUCCCUUUCACUCAAGUCAUUAAACUACAUUCCAUUGUCAUCAAGGGAUCGGAAGAGGAUGGUCCAAAGACGGUGAAACUUUUUACGAACAAGGAACAUAUGGGGUUUAGUAAUGUCAGUGACUUCCCUCCAAGUGACACUGCUGUUUUAUCCCCAGAUAAUCUGAAGGGGAAACCAGUAGUCUUGAAGUAUGUCAAGUUCCAGAAUGUUCGUAGCUUGACAAUAUUUAUUGAAGACAAUCAAUCAUGUUCUGAAAUCACAAAAGUUCAGAAGAUUGCUUUAUAUGGAUCAACGGUGGAAACGACAGACAUGAAGGGGUUGAAGAAGAUUGAGGAGCAUUGACCCCAAAAGGAGCUGAAGGGAAAGCAAGAGAGAUGGAUGAACCCUUUAUGGCUUGGGAACAAUAUAACAAUGUUUAUCUUUUCUUCUUUCUUUUUAAUUUUGAUCAUUUUACCAUCUAAAAUACUUUGAUGACAGAAAUAGACAUUCUGUUCACUUGACUUCUGAAAAUUGUUCUAUCUAUGUGACUGCAAUCAGCUGUUGCAUCCAACUGUUGUUUCAGUCCUCCAGUCUUCAUAGGACUUUUUUGGAACUGUACAUUUUGGGACAGGACAUAAAUGGAGCUGGUGGAUUUGAAUGCCUUCCUA